AUGGCCCGCGGUGGGCGCCGCUGGCCACGCCGCCCCUGCCCGGGCAGGAUGGUGGCGGCGGUGCUGGCCGGGCUGUCCCUGCUCAGCCUCCUCACCUGCGGCUACCUGGCCUGGGGCAGCCGCCGCGCCGGCCCCGGCGGGACCCCGCUGGCAGAGGAGCCCGGGGCCGGCGCCCCCCGCUCGCAGCCGCACAUCAUCUUCAUCCUGGCGGACGAUCAGGGGUUCAGGGACGUGGGGUACCACGGGUCCGAGAUCAGGACGCCCACGCUGGACAAACUGGCUGCCGAAGGGGUCAAACUGGAGAACUACUAUGUCCAGCCCAUGUGCACGCCAUCCAGAAGCCAAUUGAUCACUGGAAAGUACCAGAUCCACACGGGCCUCCAGCACUCCAUCAUCCGGCCGACCCAACCCAACUGCUUACCUCUGGAUAACGUCACGCUACCUCAGAAGCUGAAGGAGGUUGGGUACUCAACGCACAUGGUGGGCAAGUGGCACCUGGGCUUUUACCGCCGGGAGUGCAUGCCCACGCAGAGGGGCUUCGACUCCUUCUUUGGCUCCCUCCUGGGCAGCGGCGACUAUUACACGCACUUCAAAUGCGACAGCCCAGGCAUUUGUGGCUACGACCUCUACGAGAACGACAACGCCGCGUGGGACCACGACACCGGCAUCUACUCAACGCAGAUGUACACGCAGAAAGUGCAGCAGAUCUUGGCCUCUCACAACCCCGGGAAGCCCAUCUUCCUCUACAUCGCUUACCAGGCUGUCCAUUCGCCCCUUCAGGCGCCGGGCAGGUAUUUUGAACAUUACCGGUCGAUAAAUAACAUCAACAGGCGGAGGUACGCGGCGAUGCUGGCCUGUCUGGAUGAAGCCAUCAACAACGUGACCCUUGCUCUAAAGAAGUAUGGUUACUAUGAGAAUAGCAUUAUCAUAUAUUCCUCGGAUAAUGGUGGGCAGCCUAUGGCCGGAGGAAGCAACUGGCCUCUCCGAGGGAGCAAAGGGACCUAUUGGGAAGGGGGUAUCCGCGCCGUUGGGUUUGUCCAUAGCCCCCUUCUGAAAAACAAAGGGUCUGUGUGUAAGGAGCUGGUGCACAUCACGGACUGGUUCCCCACCUUGAUCACGCUGGCGGAAGGGCAGAUCGAUGAAGACAUCCAGCUGGACGGGUAUGACAUCUGGGAAACCAUCAGCGAAGGCAGGCGCUCUCCGCGGGUGGACAUCCUGCACAACAUCGACCCCAUUUACACCAAAGCCAAAAAUGGCUCCUGGGCCGCUGGCUACGGGAUCUGGAACACCGCCAUCCAAUCCGCCAUCAGAGUGAACCACUGGAAACUACUGACGGGAAACCCGGGAUACAGCGACUGGGUGCCUCCGCAGGCCUUCAGCAACGCGGGCCCCAACCGCUGGCACAACGAGCGCGUCUCCUGGUCCGCUGGCAAAACGGUGUGGCUCUUCAACAUCACCGCCGACCCCUACGAGCGGGUGGACCUCUCUGCCAGGUACCCAGACGUGGUGAAGCAGCUCUUGCGGAGGCUCUCGCAGUUCAAUAAGACCGCGGUUCCCGUCCGCUACCCACCGAAGGAUCCCCGGAGUAACCCCAAGCUGAACGGAGGAGUCUGGGGGCCGUGGUUUAAGGAGGACGAAAAGAAAAAGAAGUCGGAUAAAAGCAAAGGUGCAAAUAAGCAGAAGAAGAACAAGAGCAAGAAGAAAGCAAACAGGAAAAAGGGGCAGUCAUUCCCUUGCCGGUCACGUCUUCCUGGUGGUUAGACUCUGAGCACCCUCUUUGGCUGAGUCUGAGUCGGCUUGGACCAACAGACUUGAACUUCUGACGGAAUAGACUAGAAAUGCUAGUUCUGCACUAUGGAUGAAAGUUGUCGUCUUUGAAUUUUUUAUUCUGAUUUCACCAGCACAAGGUAUCUCAACACUCUGAGUGUCCACAUGACAGACUUCGUCCUCCACAGGAUGAAUGGUCCUCACCCACCACCACCACAUUCCAGAAAACAACAGCGAUAACACCUCAUUUCAGGAAACUCAGCUUUGAUGGACUAAAUGGUGCUUCCUUGCCUUAACUAGUAGGAAUCUUUGGAGAGGAUGGAGAUGUUAAUGGCAGAUGUCCUCAAAAUGAGAGGUGAUUGAAAAAGAGAAAGGAAAAACAAAACCUGAGAACCUCUGUGGGUCAGUAAGUGUUAGUCAGCAACCUAUGACAUUUUUUGAUACAACACAGCAAAAAUAUGAAGCCAUCAGGGUAACUUCUUAGAGGUGCUGGGAAGGGGGGCAUGAUAGGAGGAAAGCUGCUUUGAAUUAGAUUUUGUCUGUCUUAAAUAAAUCUGAAACAUUUUUAACAUUUCCUAGAUGUGCUAAGCUCCCCCCAUUUGCAGUAAAACACAUGACCAGCUAGCACACACCACAUAUAAUUUAUUAUAGGCAUAGACAAAAACACAUUGCCAAAGUGAAUGUAACUAUUUAAACACUUUAACAUAACUAUACAACAAUAUGUAAAAGACAUAAUUUAUUUUACAGCACAAUCCUUAUUUCUCUCCUGUUAAAACCUCCUGGCUGAUGCAAAGUACCCCUUUGGGUGCCAGGGUUCUACAGGGGUUUUUAACUUUGCUUUUUUACUUUGAUUUCCACCCUGUCAUUCAGAGUUUUAUUUAACAGAUCCAUAUCCUCAGAGUACUGUAAACCAAGGAAAUACUGUAUACACUGCUAGGAUGAGGAAGGAGAUAAAUUCAGGUGCGUCAUUGCAUUGUGUAUUUGCCUCCAGUGGUUUUUGAAUGUAACAAAGGGUUUAUUUAAUUUAGGAGUCAUGUGAAUGCUGUUCAGUUGCUGUACAGAAGCUAGGCCAUCUUGCUCUUCGGGGGGAAAAUUCUACUUUAAACCUUUUAUUUAUGUACCUAUUAAAAUAGUUUAUU